UAUUUAUGCACACUAAUGAGUACUUAACCAACAGAAUAUACCAGGGUAUGUAACCACUAUAUUUUUGAUAUAAUAUAAACAAAAACGCUCAUUUGUCUUAGUUCAUAGUAAUAUUCAGUAUAUAACAAGACACAUUAUUGGGACUCAUUUUAAUCUUUUUACUAAAAUCAAUACUAAUGGCUAGUAUUACUAUUGAAAAAACUAAAUAUGAGUGUGCUCAAGUUCCCAAACGAUGGCAAAGAGACGAUGUUUUACGUAAAACGGGUAUAACUGUGGGCAAAGUUGAUUUAUAUUAUGGAAGAGGAGUCAGAAAUGACGGUUCACUUGUUCCUCCUAUAAGGCAGACGGCUAGUAUUUUCAAACAACCAGUAACAGUGUACAAAUUACAGGAAAGUAAAGUUAAGAAUGAUUAUAAAAAUGGCAAUCAAGAAAAGCCCAAACAAUUAAUAUGGGAGAAAAGAUUAGAAGGCUUAAGAGCCUGUGACAUGGAUGGUUUUGAGUUUGAAGCAAUGGAAUUACCUAAAGGACUAAAGCCAGUGGGACCAAAUGUCACAGAAGAUACAAUAAUUCAAAGUGUUGCCACAGCUCUGCAUGUAUCUUCUCAACCAGUUACAGGUCAAACUAGUACUAAAGUACUUCUGGAGAAAAAUCCAGGAGUCUUUCUCGAUCCUAAACAACCAUUGGUUCAUGCUGUAAAUAUUUCAGAUGAUGAUAUCAAGAGGCAAGAAGAGAGGGUAACACUUGCAAGAAAGAAAUUGCAAGAUGCAUUGAAAUUAUAAUGUUUAAGUUAAUCAUUUUAUUUAUUAUGUCAUUUUUGUACUGAAAUAUUUAAUAAUUAUGUAAUAAAUGUACUAUAUUAUUUAUUACACAUUGUCAUUGUUCUGGCAAAAGUCAGACCAAUAGUGUUGAAAUUAGUUGAUCUAUAGACUGACAAAAUUUACUCAGCAAGCAAAAUUCGCAAUUUUGCCUGCGUUCUAAUAAUUUAUCUUCAGCACUGCCUGAAACAGGAAAAAUUUCAUUCCACUCAAGUCCACCAUUAGUUAUUUUUACUUGUCCUUUGACUUGUUGUCGGUGAUUGGUAUUAUUAAUACAAAUUUUGCCGAUUUA